UCGUUCUCCUCCACACCCUCUUAUCGCCCUCACCAGCCUCGUCGCUCACCAAACAGCACAGAACAGAAUGGCUACACCACAGCACUAUGCCUGGGCUGGCGGCCACUUUAUCUUGCUCGUCUCCGCCGUUAAAUAUGUUCUUGCGGCCGCUCUCUUUAGAGGCCCUUCUAAGUGGUGGUAUCAACUGGCAUACACCGGUGCCAUCCUCAGUUAUGGUAUUGUCUGCUUCAAAUCUCUCGGGGUCCCUGCACCCAAUGGGACUUGGAUUAAACGCGCGCUGGGUGACGAAAAUGUCCAAUAUCUCGUUCUCGCUGCCUUCUGGUGGUCCUCCAAACCCAUCACUAUCACGCUGCUCCCCUUUGCUAUUUUCUCACUCUUCCAUGCUCUGACGUUCACGAGGACGACCAUCAUGCCCCAAGUCCUUCCUCAAGGUGCACCCACCACUCCGAAUGGGCCUCCUCAGCCGCAUCCCAUCGCGCGUAAACUUCAAGUGUGGGUAAAAGCGAACUACGACACCGCCAUGCGCCUGGUCGCCUACACCGAAAUUGCGAUCGUCGCCCGUGUCAUCCUCGGCACCAUCUUCCUCCAAAACUCCUUCCUCACCCCGAUCUUCUACCUCCACUUUGUCCGCAUGCGCUACUUCCAGUCCGCCUUCACCAAGGAAGCCUUCAACCACACUAUCGCCGUUAUUGAGAACUACAUCACCAAGCCCGAGGCGCCGCUCAAGGCGGCCGAGCCGGUGUGGAAUUUGUUGAAGUCGGGUGUGUCGAGGUGGAUGGGGUUGCCGGGCGGUGCUGCGCCGCCACCUCCCAGGCGAUGAGGGCUGGAAAGGGGAGAGAAGAGGGAUGUAUGAUGAGCAAGAGCGUCGAGUGGUUCUGGCCAAAUAGGCCACAAGGGCAUCAUCCUUCUUCUCCCGUUUUGAGUCGGCCUACACGCUGCGAGUCGCACUUAGGUGCGUAUUGUAUGGAAUUGAUGUGAAUGGGAGGGAAAGGGAAGGGAGGGCAGGUUGGGGAUGGGUGUUAACUUAGGUGACGUGACGUAUCGUAUGGUGUCGAAUAACUCGGACAAGCGUCGAUUUAUUGGUUUUUGUGUCCAAUAAAAUUUCUUAUCCUAUUUC